CGUCUCUUGUCGUCGAUCCCCACAAAACCCUAGUUUGGUUCUCUUACCUUUGCCUUUUUCAACUCGCACUAAUACAAACUCUCUCUGGCCUUUUGGCAGAGCGCGCGCACUUACAGAUCUCAAAUUUGAGCGAAACGUUUUUCUGUUAAGCCAUGGCUCUGGCCUUGUAUGCUAUAAAGGGACACAAAAGUGGAUUCAAGGCACUCAUUGCUGCAGAGUACAGUGGUGUGCAAGUCAAAUUGGUCGAUAAUUUUGAGAUGGGUGUCACAAAUAAGAGCCCUGAGUAUCUCAAGAUGAACCCGAUUGGGAAGGUUCCUGUGUUGAAGACACCUGAUGGUGCUGUAUUUGAGAGCAAUGCCAUAGCAAGAUAUGUUGCCCGCGCGAACACUGACUGUACUCUCUAUGGUUCUUCUCUGAUUGAUUAUGCCCAUGUUGAGCAGUGGAUUGAUUUUUCUUCACUGGAGAUUGAUGCUAAUAUCAUGAUUUGGUUGAGACCAAGAAUCGAACAUGCUAUGUACCUUCCACCAGCUGAAGAAGCAGCUAUUACUGCUCUGAAGAGAGCAUUGGGUGCUUUGAAUUCUUACUUGGCUUCAAACACAUACUUGGUUGGGCACUCUGUCACCCUGGCUGACAUUGUGAUGACUUGCAACUUGUACUUUGGAUUUAUACAUCUCAUGACAAAGAGUUUUACCGCUGAGUUCCCACAUGUAGAGAGAUACUUUUGGACCAUGGUUAACCAACCAAAUUUUAAAAAGAUUAUGGGUGAUGUAAAGCAAACUGAUUCGGUUCCAGCUAUUCAGUCUGCAAAGAAGCCUGCACCAGCAAAGGAAUCUGCCAAACCAAAGCCCAAACAGGAGCCAAAGAAAGAAAAGCAAGCACCACAGCCCAAAGCUGAAGCUGCUGCGGAGGAAGAGGCACCAAAGCCCAAGCCAAAGAACCCUCUUGAUCUGCUGCCCCCUAGUAAGAUGAUACUAGAUGAUUGGAAGAGGCUGUACUCGAAUACUAAGACGAACUUCCGUGAAGUUGCCAUUAAAGGAUUUUGGGAAAUGUACGAUCCCAAGGGUUAUUCACUAUGGUUCUGUGAUUACAAAUACAAUGAGGAGAACACUGUAUCAUUUGUCACUCUGAACAAGGUUGGUGGAUUUCUUCAAAGAAUGGAUCUUGCUCGCAAGUAUGCAUUUGGAAAGAUGCUAGUGAUUGGCUCUGAGCCUCCAUUCAAAGUGAAGGGGCUGUGGCUGUUCCGUGGGCAAGAAAUUCCACAAUUUGUCAUUGAUGAGUGCUAUGACAUGGAGUUGUAUGAAUGGAAGAAGGUUGACAUCUCAGAUGAAGUGCAAAAGGAACGCGUGAAUCAGAUGAUUGAAGAUCAAGAGCCUUUUGAGGGAGAGGCUCUUCUGGAUGCAAAAUGCUUCAAGUGAUAAUUCUUAAAUUAUUUAUCUAGCGAAGUGUUUGUGUUUGUGUUUAUGUUUAUGUUUUGGUUUUUUGGUAGGGUAUGCUUGUGUUUGGUAAUUUAGAAGAAUUGAGGUCUGGUAUUUUGUGAUAUAGUAUAUAUUCUGUCAGCAGCUUUGAGCUUCCUUUUUGUACAAUUUUGAAUAUGUAUGCUUUGUAAUGUGGAUAGGGAAAGUCUCAUUUUUGUGUUA